UCUCUGAAAUUCAAGGAACAGGAAAGUGAAGCACUCAAACAAAAGAUGCAUGAGAUGGAAGCACAGCUUCAAAGAACAAGGUCUGCUCUAAAAGAAAAAGAUGAAGAACUAAAAUCCUUUAAAGACAGAGUGGCAGGGGAUGUUGCUCUGUCAAUCAAAACAGGGAAAACCAUGAGCCUUAACAACCCAGUAAAUAAGACCAGGUUAAAGGAGAUGUAUGACUCCCUGAGAUGUGACUGGCCAAAAAUAAAAAACAGCUUAAAGUCAAACCAGACACAUCCAGACUCUGCCAAAGAGCUAAUUCAGAAAAAGUUCAGAGAGGCUAAAGAGGAAAUGAUACAAAGGAAAAUUUUGGUAGAUAAAGUAUAUGAAACAAAUGUGAAAAAUGCUCCAGGGGCACCACAAAAGGUUGAUCAGUACCGACAGUUAACCAUCCAGAACCUGCAGCUGACUCUCUACAAUGAGAGACAAGGUGCUUCUUUACAGAGAACCUUUCCUGGAGGAAAUCCUCAGGAGGUGUUGGAGUAUUUGGGCUCUGAAUGUUAUUGGCUUGGCUGCCUGAUGGCUUUGAGCAACCCCCCUCUGCGGCCUGAUUGGGAGAAUCAUCCUCCGUCAAUGGAUAAAUGGGACUUACUCCCACGAAAUAUCACAACCGUCUCUUUAAAUGAGUGAAAGGAAACUGAUCAACAAUAAAGUUACAGAAAUAUCUGUCCAACAUGUUAAUACAGGAGGGCAUGCCCUGCUAAGUCAAUAACUCUGUGCUCAGUUGGUUUUCCUUUGAUUUCCUUUGAACUUAAUUUGUUUACAAUGUUCUAUUUAUAAACUAAACAAAUUAAGUUGGAUUAACUUGAUUAAAUCACUUGUAACCAAUUAAAGCAAAUAAGUUAAUUUGGAGUGACAUUAUUUUUACUAGUAA